CGUGGUCAUCCUUCAGGAACACGUUUCCAAUUCCAGCUGGAUCGUGUUUGGCUUCUUGCGAAUCAGCGGCUGCUUCAUUCUCACUACCACUGCAUUCAUCUUGCAACCCAAUUACAAGAUGGGUCUCGCUCCAAUCGAACGUCUACCCGUCGAGCUUCUCCAACCCAUCUUCAUUGCCGCCGACCAUAACAUCGCGCUCAUUCAAGCGUCAACUUACAUCGCAGCGCGACUCUCAUCCGAAUACGUCUAUCACUCAACAUGCGACUACUACCUCACUGAGGUACGAGGCAAGCGCGCCGAGCAGACAGCGGCUCAGACUUUCAUCUUCGCCAGUAGAUGGAUGACCUGGGAUUUCUUCAAGUCCUGGACUGUGCGACGAUUUGAACCUGCAGGAUGCCUCUGUGGCCUGACGACAGAUGAAGGCUGCUUCGAUGCGCAGUGGCCGCCAAACUUUGAAGAUGCUUCACAGAUGGUCUUCUCUAGAAGUCACUUGCCUCGACUCGCUUUCGUGAAGGGACGCCUACCGAAGAAGCUAUUGACGGGCUCUUGGACCCAGGACAAAGUCGAGUUCCUGCGAUUCUUACUCUGGAUCACUGCGAUGAGUAUUGAUUGGAUGGACUCUGAUACUGCACAUACGGCUAUUACUGCAAGAAAGAAAGCUAUACUGGAACGGAAUCUUGAGGCAGUAGAGCUGUUCAACCACAAUCGACGCCUAGGCCGACCUGCCGACCUGGAAACAGUGCGAUUUGCUGUUAUCGAAGCUGGCUGCGACCGCUCCAUCGUCUAUGACACACUACUGGCUUCGAACAUGUGGCAUGGACUCAAACCAGCCCGACACUGCGCCGAACUUCACAAAUGGUGUGAUUCUCAAGAACUGGAAACGAACCUGAAAAGGCUAUGGCUGCGGAAGAAGCUUCUUGAAUCGUGGAUCAUGAGAAGCCAGGAAGAAGCAGAAGACGCGCGCGAUCCGGCUGCGCUGGAGCUGGAUGCUACCACCGAAGCUUAUGACAGUGGACCAAAAGAUACGCUUAUAGUGAACGAUCUUCGUUGGAACAAGGUAUGUUCGAAUUCCCAAUCCACUUACUACUCUUUUUUCUUUCCCUAGGCCUGUUCGAGGACUGCACGAUGCCGUUGGAAUAUCGAGCAGCAGAGAAAUCACAAGGCCAAGGUUGCAACCAUGGUCGCGC